CCAAACGGGUCAAAUUCAAAACCCUAAGGAAGAAUAAGUAAUUGUGUUCUGCUUUUACACAAGCUACUCGUUUAUCUUUGUUUUUAAAACGUUAUCUUUCUUCAAAAAUAAUCAAAACAUUAUUUCUAUCACUCAAUAGGCAGAUUUCUAUUAAGUCGUCAGAGGCCAUCGUGUUGUAAUGGCGAAUGUGCCAACACGCGCUCAUGGCACCCUUUUGUUCGCCAUAAACCAGUUCCUGGAUUAUUCUCUUUUCAGUUAAAAUACGCGUCUUUCUUUUCUUUUAAUCCUGUUUUAUUCAAAACCGCUUUUUGCGAUCCCUCUUUGGCUGGAGCCCCAGUUUUACACGGAAGCGAGUUGAAUGUAAAUUUCUUUGUGAUCAGUCUGGGUGUCGGAAGUGGCGACUGGAGCUCAGUGACAAGCGUCUGGAGUAGAUCGCCAAAACUUCUGCCUGCUUUUUCCACUAGAUUUCGGAGUGUGGUGGUCGAGUGUUAGUGGUGUCAGACACCGAUGUCAGCAUCCCAUCCGUGUGGUGUUCAGUGAUCAAGAUGUAAGCUGAAAUAGAGCAACGCCGAACAGCAUGGGGCUGGACUUUGAUGUGAAAACGUUCUGCCACAACUUACGCGCCACCAAGCCGCCGUACGAAUGCCCGGUCGAGACGUGCCGCAAGGUCUACAAGAGCUACAGCGGCAUAGAGUACCACCUGUACCACUAUGACCAUGACAACCCACCUUCUGCUCAAGGAACGCCGCAGAAGAAGCGCAAGGGCCGCCCAGCUCGUUCCUCACUCCCCGCUUCGGGAGACGGCUCUGAACUCGGUAGCGCCCUCGCCAUGCCUGGGCACGGCGGAAUGCCGGGGAGCCCAGCAGAUAACUCCGACCACUCGCAUUCCCCUGGGAGGGACACGAUGACCUACGCUCAGGCUCAGCGCAUGGUGGAGUUGGAGAUCCAUGGCAAAGUGCACCGCCUAAGCAUCUUUGAGGACCUUGACGUAGUGUCUGAGGAGGACAGUGAGGCUGAUGACGGAGUUGGCGGGUCCACAACAUGCAAUGGUGAGAACGGGAUCAGUGAAGGCGGGACUAAUGGAAAGGACAGACCCGACACCAUUGGAGCAGCAAACGGGGGUAAAGGAGCAGGGGCAACACCCAAAGCGGGCAAACACAAGAGCAAAGAAAAGAAGAAGGACAGCAUGCAUCAUCAUGGAAAUCCACCAGGGCCAGCGGUCAAGCUGCCCGAGGCUGUGUUUCGAGAGCUGGAUCAAGACAGGCCCGAUGCACCAGAUAGACCGACAUCUUAUUACAGGUUGUCAAUUCACGUGGUGGCUUCCUCUCACAGGUAUAUAGAUAAAUCUGUAGAGGAGCUGGACGAGGAGGUGGAGUAUGACAUCGAUGAGGAAGACUACAUCUGGCUGGACAUUAUGAACGACAAACGGCGUAGUGACGGAGUGACGCCGAUCCCUCAGGAGGUCUUCGAAUACCUGAUGGAUCGGUUAGAAAAGGAGUCCUACUUUGAAAGCCACAACAAGGUCUGGGAGGGCGAGCCGAACGCACUGAUCGACGAGGACGCCGUGUGCUGCAUUUGCAAUGACGGCGAGUGCCAGAACAGCAACGUCAUCCUGUUCUGCGACAUGUGUAACCUGGCUGUGCACCAGGAGUGCUACGGUGUGCCUUACAUUCCAGAGGGUCAGUGGCUUUGCCGCCGCUGUCUGCAGUCGCCGUCUCGCGCUGUCGACUGCGCUCUAUGCCCUAACAAGGGCGGAGCCUUCAAGCAGACCGACGAUGCUCGCUGGGCACACGUUGUGUGCGCGCUGUGGAUACCCGAGGUGUGCUUUGCAAACACAGUCUUCCUGGAGCCGAUCGACAGCAUCGAGCACAUCCCGGCGGCGCGCUGGAAGCUGACGUGCUACAUAUGUAAGCAGCGUGGGGCUGGCGCGUGUAUCCAGUGUCACAAGGCUAACUGUUACACCGCUUUCCACGUGACGUGCGCGCAGCAAGCCGGGCUCUACAUGAAGAUGGAGCCUGUGCGCGAGACCGGUGCCAACGGUACCUCGUUCAGCGUACGCAAGACGGCUUACUGUGACGUUCACACCCCGCCGGGCACGGCCCGCCCACUAGGGGGCGGAACCGGGAGUGGCUCCUCUCUCAGCGAGGCGGAGGACGAAGACGAAGAGGACGGUGGUGGAGUCGGAGAGGAGCGGGCUAAAAGGGCAAAGGCCAAAUCCAGGCGGAAGCUAAAGAGGGCCAGGAAGAUCCUUGCAGAGAAGAGGGCGGCUGCACCUGUGGUGUCUGUGCCCUGCAUUCCCCCACACAGGCUGAGCAAGAUCACGUCUAAUCUGACCGUACCCAGGAAGAGUCAGUUCAUGCAGAGGCUGCACGCCUACUGGACCUUAAAGAGACAGAGUCGCAACGGCGUCCCUCUGCUGCGCCGUCUUCAGACACACCUGCAGUCCCAACGCAAUGUUGAGCCUGUUCCUUCAAUAACUACGGAUGGUGAGGAGAAGCACACCGCGCUGAAGGAACAACUAAAAGCAUGGCAGAGACUCAGACACGACCUAGAGAGGGCCAGACUGCUGGUGGAGCUCAUCCGCAAGAGAGAGAAACUCAAGAGGGAAGCGCUCAAGGUUCAGCAGUUGGCCCUGGAAAUGCAGCUGACGCCGUUCCUGGCCUUGUUGAGGAGUACGCUGGAACAACUGCAGGAGCGAGACACCAACAGUUUCUUUACCGAGCCCGUGCCGCUGAACGAGGUUCCCGACUACCUGGACCACAUUGAGCGGCCCAUGGAUUUCCAGACCAUGUGGACGUGUCUGGAGUCUCAUCGCUACCUUAGCUUUGAUACCUUCGAGGGGGACUUUUUGCUCAUCGUCAACAACUGUCUCAAAUACAACGCCAAGGACACGGUGUUCUACCGGGCAGCAUUGAGGCUGCGGGAGACGGGCAACGGGAUCCUGCGACACUCCCGGAGACAGGCAGAGCGAAUCGGCUACGAUUUCGACACGGGCAUGCAUCUGCCACGAGAGCCCAGUCCCGAGUCCCCCCCUGAGCGAGACAGGGAGAGGGAGAGGGAGCGAGAAAGAGAAAGAGAAAGGCAGCGGGAGAAGGAGAGAGAGCGAGAGCAGGAAAGAGAAAGAGAGGGCUCCCCUUCUGUUAAUGAAGACGACCUGCGGCGUUUGCCGCUGGACGAGCAGUUACGGGUCUUGCAAGCACGUUUCGAGGAUGUCAGUUCGGGGAAGCACAGCAUCGGGCGCUCUCGUCGGGCCAAAGCUCUGAGGAAGGAGAUGACGGUCAUUAAGCGCAAGCUGGCGCAUCAGCGCGACGGCGGGUCCAUCGGGGGCAACCGAGAAUCAGGAGCUUCCGGAGACUGUGGCUCUAACCUCACACACCAUACGUCAGGAGCCACGUGUCAUGACGAGGGAGGGGAGAGCAGCAGCCAGGAGAUUAGUGGAAAAGACAUUACUGCCACUGCUUCUACACUCGCGUCUGAAGUGGGCCGCCGCACCUCCAUCCUGUUUUCCAAAAAGAACCCGAAGGCAACAGGGCCACCGAAGCGCCCGGGCCGCCCCCCUAAAAGACGUGACGCAAUACACAACUCUGGAGCAAUGAACUCCAGUCCCAUAGGACCUCCAGAGCUCCCACUGAUGACUACAGCUCGGCAGCGCAAGAGACCGCGAAGCCCUCGCUCCAGUUCCAGCUCUGAGAGUGAGAGUGACAAUGAUCACGUGGGUCUUGGUCUACCUAGUAAUGGUUUUGAUGGUGGCAGUAAGCCUGUAACUGAGAGUUUCCUGGUAUACAGGAACGAGUCCCGUUAUCCCCGUUCCAGCUCUGACUCGGAGUCUACAACCAGCAGCAGCAGCAGUGCUGCCUCGGACAGAACAAGCACCACUCCUUCGAAGCAGGGUCGUGGGAAGACUUCAUUCUCACGCUCGACAUUUCCAGACGAUAGCAGCGAGGAAACCUCUGGAACUGAGAAUGACUCCUAUUCAGUGGGAGGAGCCAGAGGAGUUUCACACUUAGUUAGAGGCCGGAGUAGGUCAGGCUGCUGGAUGGGUUCAACUGACUACACGGCUCUAGAUGCCCUCGAUCUCGUAUGGGCCAAGUGUAGAGGAUACCCCUCUUAUCCUGCUCUGAUCAUUGAUCCCAAAAUGCCACGGGAGGGCAUGUUCCAUAGAGGCGUCCCGAUUCCUGUUCCCCCACUAGAGGUGCUCAAGCUGGGGGAGCAGAUGACACAGGAAGCCCGGGAGCAUCUGUUUCUAGUGCUCUUCUUUGACAACAAGAGGACAUGGCAGUGGUUGCCGCGCUCGAAGCUCGUACCUUUGGGUGUGGAUGAAGAGCUGGAUAAGGAGAAGAUGCUGGAAGGCAGGAAAUCCAACAUCAGGAAGUCUGUACAGGUGGCCUAUCAUCGCGCCAUGCAGCACCGAAACAAAGUGCAGGGUGUUCCCAGCAGCGACACGAGCGAUAGUGACUGAAACACACACUUCCACACACACACACACACACACACACACACGUGCACACACACACACAAGCACAUGAGUAUAAAGGUGAGAAAGCAUGCAUGAACACCUAAAACACAUAACUACACGGACUUGACACAGGCACGCAAAGAUGGCAUGUGUAACUAGAUUCAUAUUGUGGAUGUCACACACACAAAUUCCAACACAGUAAUCCAUCUCUUCGGUGCUAAAAAACUACAGGCAUGGCGUUCGGUGUGUAUCGUGUUUCGUCUCUAGUCUCUGUGUUUUUUAAAUAUCGAAACCGGUAGAUUUUUGUAGAGUCCUUUCUUUUAUCCAUGCCAGAACAGAAACACACUCCAAACUCACACACUUUAUCUCACACUACACCGUUCAGACAAAGGGUGGUGAAAACGUCUGUAGUUUUUGUAACGAUGGAAAGAAGUUCUCAACACGCUCUCGGACGUGCGCGUUUGCAUCACCGCGCCCCGACCCGACGCAGCUUUUCUUUUAAACCGCACACUGCGGUGUGAGUGUCUGUGAAUCAAGCUGAAGAGCAGAGUUCACACCAAAAGGUUCUUCGAGCGUAACCCGGCCAAUACAGAUAAACACGAGAUAGAUGUGGGAAGUACGUCUGGGAAUCCCAAACAGGACACGAGAUGUGCGCAUGUAAAAAAAACCUUUAUGUCCACAUAUUAUUAUGCAGGCUUGUGUUGCAGACUGUCAGCUACAAAUAUUGUCUGCAGCAGUAUGAGUGCGGAGGUCCUAGAAGGCCACGCGUUACAAUUGUUCUUGCUUGGUUUUUAUUUUCUCAUGACCUUGACGUGACAAACGUCGUUCCCUCAUGAUCAGUACUUCAUUUUUCCGAGCAUUCGGAUGCAAGAAAGCGACUUUGGUUAUGUCAAGAUCACGAGAAAAUGUCGUGAUAACGAGAAAACAACUUUUUUUGUUGAGAUCACGAGAAAACAAGAAAGGAAAAUAUUUGAGGGCAUGGCCUCUUAGAACUUCCGUAGUACGAGUGUGUAAGAGAGAAAGAUAGAGGAAGUGUGAGAGAGUUGUGUGUGUGUGUGUGGUGUGUGUGGCUAAAAAAAAAUCAAUAUGUCAAUCAAUGCACAAUGUGCUGUCCUCACUUUUGAACAGAGGAUGCAGCUAAUUCCAGAGUGAAGAAUUAUCUUUUAUUUAUUUGAUCACACAAGCAGCAACACCGUCCCCAUCGUGUGUCCCCCUCCCUCGUUCUUAAAGGCACUCACACACACUACAACACAAAUACACUCACACAUGUCUUGUGUCUCAGUGUACCUGUUGUACCAGUGUCUAUUCUGUUUUGUACUAUUCUUGUGCUAGGUAUUGUGUAUUAAAAAGGUCUAAACAGUGUGCUGUCUUUUCCGGUUACAUGCCAACCCUGUCACUGUAGAACUUUUUUUAUAUAUGAAAGAAAAAAUGUACAAUAGAAUUUAAUAAAAAAAAAUUUAGAGUUUUGUA